UACCAACUUCAGAACUUUGUGACGAGUGCUUAGCGCCAUAUGUCUGCGGCCUUUUGCAUCGUUAUUACAACGUCACCGACUCUAUCCUCUUACUGAAAGAGAGUCUGGCAGACGAGACGAAAACAUUUGGGCGAGAAGGAGCUAGAAUGAACGGCAUGGUUUGGGGACUCAAGCAUCACCUGCCGCACUUCAUGGAGUCAGACAGCAAAAGUUUCCAGCCCUGGAGAGACUACAUCGGACUGUCGGACACAAUCCGAGAGAUCCUGGGCCGGCAUACGGACACUGAGUGCCCACUGCCAGCCUCCAAAGCUCCUCACUCAGAAUCUGGUGACCUGUGCGAGGCACUGAUGCCAGUGCGCAUUAACGCAGUUUACCGAAGCGACGACCUCGGAGCAGACUGUGCACCACAUCUCACCGCUGAAUCUACGCUGCCAGGCACUUUGGCUGAUCAACGUCCGCCUGGUGGUUCGUGGUACGCUACGAACACCUUUCGUGCCGAUACUACAGACGCGGUAGAUUUAAAGCUACUGCCAAGACCGUCAGGCUCCCGGGGACCGAAAGACCGCAAAAAAAACACUCGUUUCAGAACUCCAGACCCACCAUUGUCUGCGUCACCUGAGCGCAUGUUCUGCAGUUUCUGCAAACACAACGGGGAGUCGGAGGUGGUGUGCGGAUCCCACUGGCUGAAGAACCAGGCCGGAGAUGUCUUGUGUCCCUAUCUGCGGCAGUAUGUGUGUCCUCUGUGCGGGGCCACGGGGGCCCAAGCUCACACCAAGCGCUUCUGUCCGAAAGUCGACAGCGCGUACAGCUCCGUGUACGCCAAGUGCAGACGCUGAACCAACAGAAGGCUGAAUCCUCCUCUACCGAGUGUGGUUUUGUUUAUUACCGAGUGUGGUUUUGUUUAUUACCGAGUGUGGUUUUGUUUAUUACCGAGUGUGUGUGUGUGUGUGUGUGUGUGU